UUUCUUUCCCUCCCCACCACCCCCCUCGUACUACAAGAGAUUAGAGUGUCUUUGUUCCUUCGUGACUCACGCCAACAUGAGCGAAGCUUCACUCUUAGCAUCCCAACUCUGGUCUCAAAUGCCUCGAGUAGGCGACACAAGGACGCGGCGGCGACGGCUGCGGCGGAGGAAGGUAAAGGGAGACGCGAAGAAGAGGCGGCUGAGUGACGAGCAAGUCAGGUUCCUGGAGAUGAGCUUUAGGGACGAAAGGAAGCUGGCGUCGGGGAGGAAAGCCCACAUCGCCGCCGAGCUCGGGCUCGACGGGAAGCAGGUGGCCGUCUGGUUUCAGAACCGGCGGGCGAGGCACAAGAACAAGCAGCUGGAGGAGGCCUACCUCAAGCUCAAGCUGGAACACGAAGGCGUCGUCGUCGAGAAAUGCCACCUCGAGAACGAGGUGUUACGACUGAAGGAGAAGCUUUUGGAAGCCGAAGAGGAGAUCAGGAAGCUCUCGUGGAGCGUGAAUGGAGGCAACCUCGGCUCGUCCUUCUCAGCCGUGAGCCAGCAGCCAAUACAUGGAGAGUUCGGAACGGAAGCAGAAGCUGAACUUGCUUACUUGGACGAGUAUGACUUCUACAACUACACGAUGGAGUGGACUAAUCCAUAUGGCAUAUAAAGAUCAUUGCAAUCACUGUCAUUCAUAUAUGUGAUUAAUCCUCGUAGAUUCAACAACGUGAAUCUCUAGUUGUAAAUUAAGAUUGAUGUAGCAAUUGAUGUAGCAUGUGCAAAAAGGGGGAUAAUGCUGCAACUAUUUAGUUCUGUAAAGCCUUAUUAUUAUCCAGAAAGUCACAAAGUAGGUGUUUGAUCUCCCAAGAACAUGAGAGAGACAUGAGAAAUGGCAGGACUUUCUAUGAAGAGGGUUGAAAGAGAGGGAAGAACGAACCAAAAGCUGCUCAUGGUUGUCACUUUCUUGCAGCUUUUGAGGAGUCCUUGUGGUGGUAGUGGUGGUGUGAAAACCCAACCCUGCUGCUUGUCUCUGCUGUUGUAAUGUCCAUUGUCCAUUAUGUUUCUUCCUCUACCCUGCAUCUC